AUGAACAAAAACGGAACAGCUAAAAUGAAUGAUAAUCAAAUUAGAGCAGAAGGUAGAAGGUUAUUUAAACGCUUCUAUAACAUUCCUGAUGGUGCUAAUCCUAAAACUCGUAGAAGCUAUUUAAAUGAAGCAAUAGAUGCAUAUGAAGGGUUUGACAUUUCAUCAGAAAGUGAGAGAUUAGCGAGAAUGUUAAAUGUUAAUAUUGAUUUCUAUUAUUGUGAUCCUCAACCAGAAGACGUGGACAUAAAUAAGGUAGACUUUCCAUUAGUGGAAUCAAUAAUGAUAGAUCCAGAAUUUGAAACAGUAAAUAUUUUAUUAACACAGAGUCCAUGUGGAAAACUUCACGCUGACAGAAUAACAGACGUUGAAGCACUCACCGGCUAUAAAGUUUGUCCAUAUUGUAAAGAAGAAGUUUAUUCUAUCCGUGAUGAUCCAGAAAGGAAAAACCAAAGAAGAUUUUUAAAGCAUUGUGAGAAAUGUAAAGAAAAUAAUGGAAGAUUAAUUCAAGACGUUCAGUU